AUGACGAAGACUAUGUUUACGCAAUUUGCUCGCCAGUCGCCUAUACGAGCUGAGACCCUACCUGGUGAGAUGAACUCGUCGGGUGCUGCAUAUUCCCUGGUGCCUAUUGAGGCUAUACUUGACACUCUUCUACCGGGCUAUAGCUUUUACGCGCGUCUUAUGUCGUUAUACUCCCAUGCAAAUGUCUCUUUUUACCUAUUCGUCUUCAUAAUAUCCCUGGUGUUCUGCAUUUGUGCGGGUCGAGCCCUUUCACUUUGGGACCGACUGCAGUCAUUUCUCCUCUCCUUUGCAGCCUCGGUGGAGAUCAGGUAUCACGACAUUAUAUACCGCGACGUAAUGAACUGGAUCUCUCAAAACCCCGCGUUGACCAACAUACGACGAUCCGUCGCUAGUUCGAAAACCAGCUUCGUCUCCCCGUGGGCCACAGAAGAACCAGGGAGCGAUGAUGAAACUGAUUACUCCGAAGAAGAGAUACUGCGAUUCGAAAAUGAUCUACGGGGUUUCUGGAUGAAAAUUAAACAGCAAGAGAGACGUCCGCUUAUCCGAUAUUCGCCUGCGCCUGCCGGGAUUUACUUUUUUGUUCAUAAAAGGCGCUUGUUUGGUCUCCGUCGGCAAAUGUACCAGGACACCGGUAACCCUUGGACUGACCACAGGGAGAGGCUGUAUUUUUACGCAAGCAAUCCAAAUGCUCUCAAAGAUCUCCUGCGUGACAUACAGAGGGCUGCUCUGGAGAAGAAUGUUCGCGACGUAUGUGUGAACCAAGGGUUGAAGGAUGGGCCUUCCCAACAGUGGUUCAGUCUGCCGUCCAAGAAGACACGGCCACUAUCAACCGUUGUUAUAGAUCCGGAAAUCAAAAGCAACCUCCUGAAAGAUAUGGAAGGCUUCUUCCACCCGCGUACUCGCUACUGGUACGACACACGUGGUAUUCCAUACCGACGAGGGUAUCUCUUCCACGGCCCACCAGGUACAGGCAAAUCAAGCCUCUGUCUCGCUAUGGCUAGCCUAAUAGAUCUCGAGAUUUACACGGUCAGUCUUAACUCAAAGACUAUGAAUGGGGACAGUCUCACUCGUUUAUUCCUGUCUCUACCAAAACGGUGUCUUGUGCUCUUCGAGGACGUGGAUCAAGCUGGCAUCGAGAAACGCAGUAUUGGCGGUACUUCCUUGCAGAGUGAUGAGGUGAUGGAUGCUGAUAACAGGGCUUCUGACUCUCCAGAGUCAUCUGAGCAUUCUCCAAGUGGAAUAACCCUUUCCGAAGUUCUCAAUAUCAUCGAUGGCGUAUCUGCUCAAGAAGGCCGUAUUUUGAUCAUGACCACAAACAAGCCACUAGCUCUCGAUGAAGCUCUUCGACGCCCAGGCCGCGUGGAUGUCAGUUUUCCUUUCAAAAUGGCGACUCGUCGGGAUAUCAAAGAACAUUUUCUUUCAAUCUUUACAAAGCCUUCAGACCAACCUUUCAUAGUCGAGUCGGAAACCUUGAAGAUUUGUUGUCCAUUGACACCAGAAUCUCCUGAUUGGUCAAUCGAUUCCAUCAUCGCUUUGUCGGAUUCAUUCGCAGAUCAAGUCCCGCCGAACCAACUCUCUGCUGCGACACUUCAGAACUAUCUAGAGCGAUACAGAGCCGAUCCGGAGUCUGCCAAUAUGUUCCGGAUAAGGAACUUGGAUAGGAGAUACGCACAUGAGAUGCGUAGUCUAAUCACGGAGGUCGGGCUCCGGCUCUUUUAG